GAGGAAGGGAGGGCGGGGGAAAGGGCAGGGCGCGAGGGCGGUGGGGCCCGCGGAGAGUGGCGGCUCGGUGGAAAGAUGAGACGAUUCCAGCGAAUUUAUGGCAGAGCACAGACAGAUGCAAAAGCGGCUGGAUUUACAAAAUGGUAGCUUAGAAGAAAGUUUGGAAGUGAAUUCCCUUGGUAGCGAUCCCCUAAACACGAUGGAGAGCCUAAACCAGAAGAAAUACUCUUCCAGUCUGAGAUUUAAAGCCAAUGGAGAUUACUCUGGCUCUUAUUUAACCCUCUCACAGCCUAUGCCUGCUAAGAGAAGCCCUUCUCCUUUGGGAACCAAUGUCAGAAGUAGCCCCUCCUUGACCAAAAUCCAUGGAAACAAGCAGUUCUCUUGUGAUGGCACUGACAAAAAUAUUUCCAUGAAACCUCCCACUCCUUUAGUUAGCCCCUCACCCACCCUUGGUGGCUAUCCCCUUGGGAGAGCAGACUUUGAUCACUGUACUGGCCGGGACAGUGAAAGGUCCGUGAGACUCUCAGAGAAGCCUCCCUAUUCCAAAUAUAGCUCAAGGAAUAAAUCCCAUGACAAUGUCUACUUUCUGGGAGGACUGGAAGGCCGUAAGGCGUCUGGCUCCCUCCUCACCAUGUGGAAUGGAACUUCCCUGAGUGAUGCUAGCUCCUCUCCCAUCAACAGAUCAGGAGCUACAAGCAUGCCUUCGAGCCCAAAGCAAACCAGGAGAAUGAACAUUCAGGACAACCUGGCACUUCAACCCAAGUUAACCCGACACAAGGAGCUAACAUCUGAAAACAUCAGUUUGCGAACAAGAAAGUAUUCAGGCAGCAGUCUGAGUCACAUGGGAGCUUAUAGCCGGUCACUGCCCAGGUUGUACAAAGCCACAGAAAAUCAACUGAUGCCUCUCAGUUUGCCUCCAAGGAACUCUCUGGGCAAUUCUAAACAUACAAAACUGGGGGAAAAGGAUCUACCUCAUAAUAUAGUAGAUAGUGACAAUUAUCUUAAUUUUUCUUCUUUAAGCUCAGGGGCUUUACCCUAUAAAACCUCUGUAUCCGAGGGCAAUCCUUACGUAAGCUCUGCCCUCAGUGUCCCUGCCAGUCCCCGCAUGGCUAGGAAGAUGCUCCUGACCUCCACAUCCUCCUGUGCUUCUGAUGACUUGGAUCGGGCUCCAUACUCAGAGACAAGCCCGACUCCUUCCUUUUCUCCUUCAGAGCCGGACAGAGUGUUUGCGGCCAGAAGGAACUACUCUUGUGGUUCUGUAGAGUUUGAUGAAGCUGAUUUGGACAGCCUUAGACAGGCUUCGGGAACACCCCAGCCUGUUCUCCGGGAGAGAAAAAGCAGCAUUAGCUCCAUUUCAGGACGUGACGACCUGAUGGAUUAUCACCGGCGGCAGAGGGAGGAAAGACUCAGGGAGCAGGAGAUGGAGCGAUUGGAGCGACAGCGUCUGGAGACGAUUCUCAGUCUUUGUGCUGAGUAUACCAAGCCCGACAGCCGCUUAUCCACUGGCACCACUGUGGCAGAUGUGCAGAAAAUCAAUAAGGAGCUUGAGAAGCUGCAGCUCUCUGACGAGGAGUCUGUGUUUGAAGAAACCCUGGUGACUCGUGACAUGAGACUCAGGUGCCCCCGGAAAGACUCUCUCCACAAUUUGGACUUGGCCAACUUUGGGAGCCUCAGUGCCAGCUUCUUCUCCCCAAGGAGCGUCAGGAAUGAUGAACUAUUCACAGACCUCACCAAGAUUCCCCCACUACCCUCAGCCUAUAUGAAAUCUUCGAGCGAGUCUGCUUAUCUAAGUAUCGUACCAAAGACCUCAGAAAGUAUAAGUGAAGAGCAAAGGACUCAGGAGUUGGCUGCAAUGGAAGAGAACCAGAUUGUAAUUCUGAACAACCUUGAGGAACUUAAGCAAAAAAUCAAAGAUAUAAAUGACCAAAUGGAUGAAUCUUCCCGAGAGUUGGAUAUGGAAUGUGCACUUUUGGAUGGAGAACAAGAAGCAGAAACAACUGAACUUAUGAAGGAGAAGGAAAUUUUGGAUCAUCUAAACCAGAAAAUAGCAGAACUGGAAAAAAACAUUGUUGGUGAAAAGACCAAGGAGAAGGUAAAGCUUGAUGCUGAAAGGGAAAAACUAGAGAAGCUUCAGGAGCUUUUCUCCGAGCAGAAGACCCAGCUGGACAAUUGUCCUGAGUCCAUGAGGGAACAGUUACAACAACAACUGAAGAGGGAUGCUGACCUGUUGGAUGUUGAAAGCAAACACUUUGAAGACCUAGAAUUCCAGCAGCUGGAGCAUGAGAGCCGUCUAGAUGAGGAGAAGGAGAACCUGACCCAGCAGCUCCUGCGUGAAGUGGCUGAAUAUCAGCGAAACAUUGUUUCUAGAAAGGAAAAAAUUUCUGCAUUGAAAAAACAAGCCAAUCACAUUGUUCAGCAGGCUCAGCGGGAGCAAGAUCAUUUUGUGAAAGAAAAGAAUAAUUUAAUAAUGAUGCUGCAAAGAGCCAGCCACAUCGCAAUGGGUUAUAUCAGUGUAAAUGAAAUUAAUGAGCCAUGUGGCAAUUCCACGAAUCUGUCCCUUUCCACUCAGUCCCCCGCUGAUGCUGAUGCUGUUGCCACUGAGCCUGCCACAGCUGUGCUGGUGGGCCAGCCACAGAAUAAAGAGCACUUUAGAAGUCUGGAAGAAAGGAAAAAACAGCAUAAAGAAGGCAUGUAUCUGAGUGACACUUUGCCUCGAAAGAAAACCACACCUUCCAUAUCGCCACAUUUCAGCAGCGCUACUAUGGGGAGAAGCACCACCCCAAAGGCUCACCUGCCCCUAGGACAGAGCAACAGCUGUGGCAGUGUGCUCCCUCACUCGCUGGCUACCAUGACCAAAGACUCUGAGUCUCGGAGGAUGCUCAGAGGAUACAAUCACCAACAGAUGAGCGAAGGACAAAGGCAGAAAUCUUCAGAAUUUUACAACCGCACUGCAUCUGAAUCAAAUGUCUACUUGAAUAGUUUCCACUAUCCAGAUCACAGCUACAAGGAUCAGGCCUUUGAUUCUUUGAGCCUGGACAGCUCUGACAGCAUGGAGACCAGCAUUUCUGCCUGCUCCCCUGACAAUAUCUCUAGUGCCAGCACUUCAAAUAUUGCCAGAAUAGAAGAGAUGGAGAGACUUUUGAAACAAGCUCAUGCAGAAAAAACACGGCUGCUUGAAUCCCGGGAACGGGAAAUGGAAGCCAAAAAACGAGCUCUGGAAGAAGAAAAACGACGCCGAGAACACCUGGAAAGACGACUGCAGGAAGAAACUAGCCAGAGGCAGAAGUUAAUUGAAAAAGAAGUGAAAAUUAGGGAGAAACAAAGGGCACAGGCUCGACCUUUGACACGCUAUCUGCCUGUCCGGAAGGAAGACUUUGAUUUGCGAAGUCAUGUGGAGACUGCUGGCCACAAUAUCGAUACCUGUUACCAUGUAUGCAUCACAGAAAAGACCUGUCGAGGAUACCUCAUAAAAAUGGGAGGGAAAAUUAAAACUUGGAAGAAACGUUGGUUUGUUUUUGAUCGGAACAAGCGAACAUUCUCUUAUUAUGCAGACAAACAUGAAGCUAAAUUAAAAGGAGUGAUAUACUUUCAAGCCAUUGAAGAAGUAUAUUAUGAUCACCUAAAGAAUGCUAAUAAGAGUCCAAAUCCAUUACUCACGUUUAGUGUCAAGACGCAUGACAGAAUCUAUUAUAUGGUGGCCCCGUCGCCGGAAGCCAUGCGGAUCUGGAUGGAUGUUAUAGUUACUGGGGCAGAAGGUUAUACUCAUUUCUUGUUGUAG